AUGUCGUCGUCCAAGGCCGCCUCGGCACCCAAGGCCCCCAAGGACAAGGACAAGUCCAAGGUGCACAAGUUGUCGCUCAAGGGCAGCGCCAGGCUUGUCGCCGAGUUUUUUCAGUAUUCCAUCCAUACCAUCCUCUUCCAGCGCGGCGUCUACCCGGCCGAAGACUUCACAGCAGUCAAGAAAUAUGGCCUCAACAUGCUUGUCUCUGCCGACGACCAGGUCAAGGCCUACAUCAAAAAGAUCAUGUCCCAGCUCGACAAGUGGAUGACGGGCGGCAAAAUCUCAAGGCUCGUCAUCGUCAUCACCGACAAAGACACCGGCGAGCGCGUCGAGCGGUGGCAGUUUGACGUCCAAAUCUCCCAACCCCCUCCCAAGUCAAAAUCUAAGCCCACCUCCUCCAAUCCUCCCGCCACCGGCGACCAGGAAAACGACGCCGCGUCCUCGCAGCAGCAGCCGCCGCCACCACUCGACAAAACUGAGGCCGAGAUCCAGGCCGAAAUCGCCGCCAUCUUCCGCCAGAUCACGGCGUCGGUCACCUUUCUGCCUCAGCUCAGCGGCGACUGCACCUUCAACGUGCUCGUCUACGCUGACGCCGACAGCGACGUGCCCGUCGAGUGGGGCGACUCGGACGCAAAAGAGAUUGCGAACGGCGAGCAUGUCCAGCUCCGCGGCUUCAGCACCGCAAAUCACCGCGUCGAUACCCUCGUCAGCUACCGUCUGGGUGACUGA